ACUGACCAGUGAUAUAUGCGCUCCAGGUGCCCACCUCCUUGCCAGCACCAGGUGUUGUGCAGCCUGACCCUGAAGAAGCUGGCAGUUCUCAGGGAGCUGGAGAAGGAGCUGAUGUCUGUGGUGAUUGCAGUCAAGAUGCAGGGCUCCAAACGGGUCCUGAGGUCUCAUGAGAUUGUGCUGCCCCCCAGUGGACAAGUGGAGACUGACCUGGCCCUGACCUUCUCGCUGCAGUACCCUCACUUCUUGAAGAGAGAAGGCAACAAGCUUCAAAUCAUGCUGCAGCGCAGGAAGCGGUACAAAAACCGGACAAUCCUAGGCUAUAAGACGCUGGCUGUGGGCUCCAUCAACAUGGCUGAGGUGAUGCAGCACCCCUCAGAGGGUGGCCAGGUGCUAAGCCUCUGCAGCAGCAUCAAGGAGGCCUCUGUCAAGGUGGCAGAGAUCUGGAUUGUCUCCCUGUCCAGCCAGCCCAUCGACCAUGAGGACAGUGCCAUGCAGGCUGGUCCCAAGGCCAAGUCCACAGACAACUACUCUGAGGAGGAGUAUGAGAGCUUCUCCUCUGAGCAGGAGGCCAGUGAUGAUGCCGUGCAAGGGCAGGAUCUAGAUGAGGACGACUUUGAUGUGGGGAAACCUGAGAAGCAGCGGAGAUCGAUAGUAAGAACGACGUCCAUGACCAGGCAACAGAACUUCAAGCAGAAGGUCGUGGCCCUGCUGCGGAGGUUCAAAGUGUCAGACGAGGUCCUGGACUCAGAACAGGACCCUGCAGAGCAUGUCCCUGAGGCAGAGGAGGACCUGGACCUUCUGUAUGACACACUGGACAUGGAGAACCCCAGUGACAGCGGUCCCGACAUGGAGGAUGAUGACAGCGUCCUUAGCACCCCCAAACCCAAGCUCAGGCCGUACUUUGAGGGCUUGUCGCACUCCAGCUCACAGACAGAGAUCGGGAGUAUCCACAGUGUCCGGAGCCACAAGGAGCCUCCAAGCCCGGUGGACAUACCUGAGAAGAUCCGGUCCCUGGGAGCCAAGCAGCCGAGUGACAGCAUCUCAGACACGGUAGCCCUGAGCACACCAGCCCCUCGGGAGCUGUCAGAGACACCCGAGGACAGCCCUGAGGCUGAGACCUCCGCCCUGGAUGUGUUUACCGAGAAGCUACCCCCCAGUGGGAGGAUCACCAAGACAGAGUCGCUCGUCAUCUCAUCCACCAGGUCUGAGGCAAAGCCGGCUGGCCGCCGGGGCCGGAGCACAUCCCUGAAGGAGCGGCAGCCGGCACGGCCACAGAAUGAGCGGGCCAAUAGCCUGGACAAUGAGCGCUGCCCAGAAACGAGGAGCCAGCUGCAGAUCCCCAGGAAGACUGUGUAUGACCAGCUGAACCAUAUCCUCAUCUCCGAUGACCAGCUCCCCGAGAACAUCAUUCUUGUCAAUACCUCUGACUGGCAGGGGCAGUUCCUUUCUGAUGUCCUGCAGAGGCACACACUCCCCGUAGUGUGCACAUGCUCCGCCGCCGAUGUCCAGGCAGCCUUCAGCACCAUCGUUUCACGGAUACAGAGAUACUGCAACUGCAAUUCCCAGCCCCCAACACCCGUGAAGAUCGCAGUGGCAGGAGCACAGCAUUACCUCAGCGCCAUCUUGAGGCUCUUCGUGGAGCAGCUGUCGCACAAGACGCCUGAUUGGCUGGGCUAUAUGCGCUUUCUCAUCAUCCCCCUGGGUUCCCACCCUGUGGCCAGGUACCUGGGCUCCGUGGACUACCGCUACCACAACUUCUUCCAGGACCUGGCCUGGAGAGACCUGUUCAACAAGCUGGAGGCCCAGAGUGUAGCCUCCCUGCACCUGGAUCCCACCUGGCCGGCUCAUGCCAACUCAGCACCGCCUCCUCGUGCAGUGCAGGACACACCGGACAUCGUGUCACGCAUCACCCAGUACAUCGCAGGGGCCAACUGUGCCCACCAGCUGCCCAUUGCUGAGGCCAUGCUGACCUACAAGCAGAAGAGGAAAAGGCACUUUCACUUUGACUUUACUCUAAGCCCUGAUGAAGAGUCCUCUCAGAGGUUCAUUCCUUUCGUUGGGGUUGUGAAGGUGGGGAUCGUGGAGCCAUCCUCUGCCACAUCAGGUGACUCAGAUGAUGCAGCCCCCUCAGGACCCAGUGUGCUCUCCUCCACCCCACCAUCCACGUCGCCCGCAGCCAAGGAGGCCUCACCCACCCCACCAUCCUCGCCAUCGGUGAGCGGAGGCUUAUCCUCUCCCAGCCAGGGUGUCGGCGCCGAGCUCAUGGGGCUACAGGUGGACUACUGGACAGCAGCACCUUCUGCAGACAGGAAGAGGGAUGCCGAGAAGAAGGACCUGCCCACCACCAAAAACACACUCAAGUGCACUUUCCGGUCCCUCCAGGUCAGCAGGCUGCCCAGCGGUGGCGAGGUCACAGCCACGCCUACCAUGUCCAUGACCGUGGUCACCAAGGAGAAGAACAAGAAGGUGAUGUUUUUGCCCAAGAAAACAAAAGACAAAGAUGUGGAAUCCAAGAGUCAGUGCAUCGAGGGCAUCAGCCGCCUGAUCUGCACAGCCAAGCAUCAGCAGAACAUGUUGCGGGUCCUCAUCGACGGCGUGGAGUGCAGUGAUGUCAAGUUCUUCCAGCUGGCCGCCCAGUGGUCCUCGCAUGUGAAGCACUUCCCCAUCUGCAUCUUUGGACACUCCAAGGCUACCUUCUAGCCCCACUCAUGGAGGGGCCGGCAUGGGACCGUGGAGAGGCCGAGGUUUCUGUUAACAUUUCAAUUUAUUACAAUGACAGAUCCUUAAAAACGCAAAGCAACAGUCUUAAGUAGGAAUGUACUUGCAGCUGGAAACUAAGGUCAGCUCCCUACUGGGCGCUAAGUAAUUGCUCUGCUUAUUAACCAGACAUUUGGCCCAGGAAGGUGUGUUCCACCCACAGGAGCACCCCAGAGCUCACAGUAAGGAGGGUUCUGCCUGUGUCCUUCCCUUUCUAGAAGCCAGGACACUGCUUCCGCAGGGAGCUCAGAGCUUGGUUGUGAGAGGCCAAAGGUUGCAGGGAUGCUUAGCUUCCUGGCAAGGGACCCCCUCCAUCCCAGCACCACCCACUGUGGGGCUCCAAAUAAACUCCAGCCUCCAGGCAGAGGUUUUAUAGUAGCAGAUCUUUCUAAUGCUCUCAAAUACAUGUUACCAUGUAGCUGCCAAACAGCUGUUGCUCUCCUGAAAUCCCCACCGGGCCCUACCCACCCCCAUCCCCUCACUUGUCUGAGAGUGAGGCUGCCAAGACUUGGACUCUUAGGCCCAGGGGUUCCCCACAAAUGUCCAGCGUCCAGGCCCUCUGUGCAUUGUCCACCCACUUACCUGCCUGUUGUCCGGCAGUGUCAUAUGGGUCUGGGUUGAGAUUCAGGAUUGGUCAACUGGUGAGCGGUGAAUAUGCAGGAUGUUAAGCAACUGUGUGGCCAGCGAAGGGUUAGGCAGGCUGGCCUGUCAUAGGGCCCAGGUACCCCUGCAGUGCUGAGGGCCCUCCUGACCAUGCUUCUGAGAACAGUAGGAUCCUAUCCUGGAGCGAAGCCCUGCCUCCACCUGCCCAUGCAUCAGGAGAAGAUUGUUCACCAGACUACCUGCCUCAGCAGGUCAACAAGUUUGGGGGAAUAGCUCAGUUCUGCUUCUCUCACCAAAUCCACACUUGGGAUCACCUAGAAAAAGCCACCUGGCUCCCUCCUUGGAAAUGGUAGCCCUGCCACAAACACUAAUGGCCCUCCCAGAAGCUCUGUGCUUGGUGUCUUGAGGGCUGCACAAAGCUCUGCUUAGAAAACAGUGCCAUAUUCAGGACUGGCCAAGUCAUAGAGGGGGCCCCAUCUUCUUGAGACGAUGGCCCAUUUCCUUACCCAUGACCUACUUGCUUACCUCCUCCUGUCCCAAGUGGCUGAACAGAGUCCAGUUUGUCCAGUGCUAGCCCUGGAGCUAGGAGCUAGGCCUGGGUUCUGCCCCAGUUCCCUGGGUGCAGGCCUUGAGUAGCCUGAGAAUGUCCUUCCCAUGAGCCCCUGCUGAUGUGCUGUGUUUCACCCUUCACCUAGGACCAGAGCCUGAGGCACUGCCUAGCAGGCAGCCUCUCUGCAGGGCCCUUUGAAGAGCUGGAAAGGGAUCAGGCUAGUUUAGUGUCAAGUGCUGGGGACAUUGGCCUUUGAGCUUCAGGGCCUGUUUUAUCUUCCCAUCCAGCUUCUUCUUAAAAGUCACCAUUAAGAGGAAAGGGAUAUGGCUUGGCUUUCUAGCCUUCAGGGAACAGGAGCUGCCCAGCUUUCCCUGCUGUGGACAGCCCUUUCUUGGAGACCACCUCCCUUGUGAUUGGCCCCACAGUCCCACCCUUGCUCAGGUAAGGAAUGGCCCUGGGCAGAACCUCCAUCCAGCGACUAGCCCAUGGCUGGGCCUGCAGAGCUAGUGCCCAUCUGUCCUGCACCAAGCGCUUGCUGUUCAGUCCCUAUUACAGCAGUCUCUGUGUCAGUAAAGUGUGCGGGUGGAGCCUCCCUUCAGACUGCCUCAGUUUCAGUUGGAGAGAUGGUCUCAUUUUCCCUCCCUACCUCAUGGAGCUGUUCUAGGGAUUCAUGGAAAAGCACUUUGACCUCUGGAGGGGUGAGAAGCCAAAGCCAUCUGACAGCUGAUGUGACCAGGGCAGUGGGGAGUGGGUGUGGUGGUUCCCUGUUCAAAAUAGAUUUCCUGGCCCCACUAGCCACAGCCAGACAGCCCCAGGCUUCCCUGCGUGGCCACCUCUGUCCCUGGCCUUGUCCUUGUCCCUCCCAGCACCUUGGCUGCCCUGCCCUGCAGAGGGGCCAAGGUCCCAAGGUAGGCCCAGACCUGCUCCCAGCUCGCAGUGACUGGUGUCUACAGUGUACGUGUUGCUAAUUUUUUAAGUGGGAAGCAGGAUUAAUGUAAAUAGGCGCUAAUCUGUCCCAUGUGGCCAUGUGGACGACUCUAAGGUGCUGAAGCGACAUUAAUAAACUGAGGGCACUCUGGCCGCUCUCUGCUCGGACUCCUCUCUACCACAGCGUGGGGGACACUGACACGGGUGGGGGCGUGCGUGGGACCGGAAGCGGAAGCUUGGGGCAAGGCAUUGAGCGGAAGUUCCUAAGGCAGGGCUCCCCGCUGCUUGGGCCUUCUGGGAUUCUGGUGUCUGGGCUUUGCGUUCGACGCUUUUCCGCGGUGAGCCCAAUCCUGUCUGGACCCCACAGACUUCACCCUCCUUGGUCCCUCACCCCACGGUCCCCUCCCCUCUUUGUUCCUGACCUCCACAGACUCCGCCCCUCUGUCCGACGUCAGACCACGGCCUCCGCCCCUCUCCGGGCAGGGACCCCACAGGCCCCGCCCCAGGACCCCUCCCCACCAUGCUUCCUUCCGGACUCUCCCUGGCUCCUUAGUUGUACGCUCCGCAGUGCAGACCCGGUGAGUGGGUCGUAAGCAGGCCUGGGGCCAGGUCAUGGGCUUGGAAGCAAGGUCACAGUGGAGUAGGGAGGCGGCUGAGGGCAGGCACCCAUAAGCGGGAAGCAGGGGUCCUAGACAGGGUGUCGGGGAGGCCGUGAAAAGCUGAUCAGGUCGUGCGGUGAGCAGGACAGAGGCAGAGAAGGGCAGCGUCAGCUUCUG